AGGUGUAUUCAGUAUAAUGGAAAGAAAAAAAAAUUUUUUUUUUUUUUCAGUAUUUCAGAGUCCCCUACAGUAGUUCCCUGUCGUAUAGUGAUGAAGGGUUUGGACUCUGGAGCUUGAUUGUUUCGGCUUAAAUAUUGACCUCACCACUUACUAGCUGUGUGACCUUGUGAAAGUUAAUCAACUUUUGAGUCUCAGUUUUUACAUUUAUAAAAUGGACUUGAUAAUAACACCUACCUCACAGAGUUGUUGUGAGGAUUAAAUGAGAUAAGUCUUGCAAAAUACUUGACAGUACCUGGCAUAUAGUAAGUCCUCAGAAAAUGUUAGCUAAAACCAUCAAAUACAUGAGUGGUGAUAUAAUACUUGAUAUCCGUUAGGGGUGUAACAGUCCCUGUCGUCAAGCAUGUGGGUUCAAAUGUGGUAGCUGACAAAACCAGAACAUAAGAAUAAGGGUCUUCUAUUAAAGGAUAACAUUUCCACAAAUUAUUUCAGGGAUAAUUUUACAAUUUCAUGUACCCGCCCUUUCCCCCUCCCUCCCUCUUCUCUUUCCUCUCUUCCCCUCCUUGCGUGCUGUUGGGGGUGGGGUGUGUCCCCUAGUAACCAGAUGUGACUUGUCACAUAAACAUUUGGGGAUUACCAGUGAAAGUUUUAACUUCUAAAAAGCACUUUGGUAGUGUAAUAGUGGUAAGCAGUAUUUAUAGACUUAAGAGUUGAACAGUUAAAAACAUUUUUUACUGUUUGCCAUAGUUAAAAAGUAAGUCUGUUUCCAGGGUUGGAUUGUCAGAAAGCAUGGUCAUGAUCUUUUUUAGGCCACUCUGUCAUCUUGUAUAUUAUGUUGUUUUUUCUGCCUCAUACUGUUCCAUCCUCCAAAAUUUUCUUUUUUGGUCUUUAUGAUUACUCAAGCAUCAUCUCUCAAGAAGCAUAUCUUUAUCUCUAGGCCAGAAUGAAUGUCCUUUGAAUUAUUCUUGAAGCAUUCUAUCCAAAAAUCUGGUGGUUGUAAUUACAUAGUGUAUUGAAAUCAUUUUGUUUCUGUUUCUUUCUCCUUCUUAGGAGAAACCACUGUAAUCGCCUUACCAUUUGUCCUGGAAUCCUAUUUCAGCUUAAAUCCCCACCUUGCCAUUUACAGCCAUAUAACCAUACAACUUUAUGGUGAUGAUUCAAUGUGAUAAAUGAUGUAAGGAACUUAGCAUAGUUCUUAGUUAAUUAAUUAUGAUAAUUAUAAAUAGUAAUAAAAAUUCCUAGUGCCUGUCACUGUGUCUUGCAUAGGUAUUGGUAAUCCUUAACUGCAAAGACUCUUUAUCAUGUAUCUGAUUGCCGCUUUAAGCUGUUUUCCAUUUCUUGUUUUUUUAAGCAAUGUUUAUAUAAUACUUCAUUUUAUCAGUCUGUGAGUUGGAUGUAUUAUGUUUAAUUAUGCCCGUUUAACCAAAGUUACCUUCAUGUGCAGCUUUUUCAGCAGUUUAAAAAUGUUUUCUUUUGCCAUCAGUAUAAUGUAGACUUUAAACCACAACUAAUAGCAUUUUAUUUUGUCAUAAUGUCAUGCUUGUUUGUUAAAUCUGAACUAGAGGCAGGGAAACCAUUUAGUGGAAGCCAUUACAAUAGGUCUAGGCAAGAUACAGUAGUGGCCAGAACAAGGAUAAUGUCAGUGGGAGACAGAAAUGAAUGGAUUCUAGAUACAUUUAGGAGCAAAUUGAUAGGACUUGAUGGAUGGCCGGAGGUGGUUAUGGGAGAUAGGAAGUUGGGUUAUAGAGAGGGAAGAAUCAAGGAUGAAUCCCAGGAUUCUGGCUCAGAGAAGAAAAAGCUGGAUCACUUACCAGUAACUGGAGUUCUCCUAUUGGGUAAUCUCCACAGAUCCACAUUCUUUGAAGUUAUUGUGAAUGCCUCGAGGACCAAGGAACCGUUGAAAUUUCCAAUUUCAGGAAGGAAACCUCGACCUGUCUCCCAGUUGGUUGCACAGCAGGUUACCCAGCAGUUUGUGCCCCCUACACAGUCAAAGAAAGAGAAAAAAGAUAAAGUAGAAAAAGAAAAGAGUGAAAAGGAAACAACUAGCAAAAAGAACAGUCAUAAGAAAACCAGGCCAAGAUUGAAAAAUGUGGAUCGGAGUAGUGCUCAGCAUUUGGAAGUUACCGUUGGAGAUCUGACAGUCAUUAUUACAGACUUUAAGGAGAAAACGAAGUCACCGCCUGCAUCUAGUGCUGCUUCUGCAGAUCAACACAGUCAGAGUGGGUCUAGCUCUGAUAACACAGAGAGGGGAAUGUCCAGGUCAUCUUCACCCAGAGGAGAAGCCUCAUCACUGAAUGGAGAAUCUCAUUAAAGUUUAUUUUCUCCAGUUUCUUAGUCACUUCUGUCAUAACAUGCAAAUACACAGAUUAUGCCAAGAGGUACCACAUUUUCAUGACAAACAUAUUCAUGCACAAUCCAUAAUUUGCGUUUUACAUAAGAUAGAAAUUUGUUAGAAUUUAUUGCAAUCUAUGCUUACCAAAAAUUUCCAAACUUAACAUUUUGGUCUCCACAGUUAAAGGUGCCAUGAAAAUGUGGUUGAAUUAUUCAUUAUGCAGUGUUAUUGGUAAGUCUAUUUUCACUUUUAGUUUAGUGAAUUCUAACACAUAAUUCUCUACUAUUGGCAUGUAUGAAUUUCAAUUUUUAUAACAUAGUGCAAGCUGCCUAAAUAUGUAUUAUUUGAGAAUUGUGAAACAAAUAGUUAUAUGUAUACAAGUCAAAGAUCAACUUAAUCAACUAUUGCUGCAACAGGAUUUUCUUAAUGGUUAUCCUCUUAAAUACACCUGCUGGUACUUGGUGUGGUUAAAUAGGAAAAUUGUUAUUAAAUAAAGAAUUUGUAUGAACCGUUGCCAAUGUUUUUGACACAUUUUACUAAAUUAUUGUUUCUGAAUUAUGUUUCUGGUUUUAUCUUUGUUUUUGUUUGUUUAUCUUUUAAAACAUUCAUUAUUGUAAUGUUUUACUAGCAGAGUAGUAAACAAUAAAACAUUGAUUAUUUAGCUUUAUAAUUCAGGUUUAGUCCUCUUGUCAUUGAACACUGGUAUGUUUUCUGUAUGAAAUAAAACAUUACAGUUCAAAUAAUUAUAAACAUUUGGCAAAAACAGAAAAGAAACCUGACAUAUUUUAAAAGCUGCAAUUUUGGAAAAGCUUUAACUUAAUAAUAGUUUUAACUAUCACUGUUGUCUUGCCCCAAACUUGUGCAGGGUCAUAGAAGUAUGAAUCUAAUUAAUACAGAAAUGGGAACUGUUGCACAGACCUGGGAAAUAACUAAUCUUAAAUCAGUUUAAUUGGCCUCUUAUUAAAUAUAAUGAUUUUUAUGAAAAUCAUAGUAUCCUAUUUUCAGACACAACUGCCAGUUUAUGCAUUUAUCAAUAUCCUGAAAUUUAAAAAAUAUUUACAGCCCCACUUACUAUUAUGUAAAAUUACCAAUAAAAUAUUUUUAUGACUACAGAUUUUGCAUUUUUGUUUACAAGAAAUAAUGUGUUUCAUGUUGUAUUUAAACUCCAGCCUAGAAACCACACAGUACUUCUUAAAUUCUCAUAGGGUCUCCUGCUUCUUUUAGCCAUUUGCUUAAUAUGUAUCCACCUCUAGGAGACUUCUGGAAUAUAAAUUAACUUAAAAACAUAACCUGGAUACAAAAUACCACUUAAAAACACUAUGAUUGCAUUUGAAGAACAGAAAAAAAACAAAAAACAAACAAACAAAAAACUUGUAGACCCUGACAGUUGUGUAUUUGGUGGUUUCUUGUGGUAAUGUAAUUUUCCGUUUAAUUGCAGUACUUUUUCCAGGCACAAUGGGACUGUCUUUUUUGUAAGAUGCUAGUUGUGAAGUACAGUUAAUUGCAUACAGUAAAAGUCUGUGAUUAAAACAUUUAUAUACCUCA